GAAAGUCAGAGAAAGGAGUACUGGGAGAGAGAGUGGGAGUUUCUAAGUGGAAACAGAGAAUUUUCUGUUUCAUAUUACACAGAAAAGAAGAGAAAGAGGAGAAGAGUUAAUGGUGGGUAAGGGCUCUGUUGGCUUGUCCAGUCAGGCUCUGUUUUGAAUGUAGUUGGUUGUGUAAGUGCUGUGCAGUUUUCUGGGUUUAUGGAUUCGCGGACUGUGGAAAAUGUACUUCUCUAUAGUGGUCCUUGUCCUGACUAAGGCUCUGGUCACAGAGGUCUGUAAUGGCCUAAAUGUAACCGUGACCCCUGGGCCUGUUGUCAUGGUAACAGAAAAAGACAAUGUGACACUCUCCUGCCUGGUAUCUCAGAGAAAGAGGAGCGGCAGCGUCCUCAUCCUACGCUGGUUCCUUUCUCCUCUUGCUGCUCCCACUCCUGUGCCUCCUCCAUCCUCUCCAUCCCGCUCUCCUCCUGCAAUCGAGCCCUCUCAGGUUCUGAUUGUGAAGAUGGGCAUAAAGAAAAUUAAGCUGUACGGGAACUACACCCGUCGUUUCCCCCAGCUGAAGUUUCGUCUGUAUGAAGAAACGGAGGGAGAGUUGUACCAGUUGCGGAUUCUCAAUGUGACAGGGACGGACCAGGGUUUCUAUAGCUGCAAAGUUCAGGAGAUUCGCAAACACAGAAACACAUGGAGGGCAUCGUCCAAUGGUACCAGCACCACACAGCUGACAGUACACUUCACUCUCGAGGAUGGUAGCAGUAAAGGACUGUGGCGUUUAUUUGCAGAUGUGUAUUUGUGCGCUGUGCUAAUAUGCUCUCUGGGCCUGCUGUCCAUUUUCCUGUUCUCUGUGGUUCUCGCCUGCCAGCACUUUCACAGAAGACACAGGCUCAAAGCCAGUUACCUUCUGGUCAAGUGUCCAGAAAGCAGCUCAGGAGAGACUGUAACCAGCUUCAGCAGUUCCUUCAGUUCCUCCCCAAAAGCUCAAAGGAAAGACACAAGACAGAAAACUGACAGAAGAAUAACAGUAACACCACCUAAACUACCCAAGGAGCCACCACCAUACAUACCACACCACAAAGUGCCUAUUGCUGCAAAGAGACCUCAGAAGCCCAGAAGGUUAAAGACUCAGCUCAGGAGUUCUGCCACUCCUCGAAUACCACAGGAGGAUAGUCUGACAUAUGCAGAACUGGAGCUGGUCAGGCCGAAGCCCGAGCCCCCAGUCUCCUCCAACCUUGACCCCACUCCCUCAAGCCCAGACACAGUGUACGCUCAGAUCCUCUUCCAGGAAAAACAGCUGUAAACACAGCAGCCCUGGACAGAUGGAUGCCAUGGUACAUCCCAGUGAGGCCAAAUGAACUGAGUGGCAACCAAAGGACUAUAUUUAUGAACUAUCAGUAUGGCAUUUAGCAUUUGUUUUUUGGCUGUAACUACAGUACAACUGUUGGUAAAUGAGGGUUUUGUGUUUCCUCAGCGCAGUUCCAUUCCAGCACAGCAGUUUCUGGUUCUUAUAAUUCUGUUGUUUUGUUUGUUGGCAUCGCUGGCAUGUGAGCCAGAUGUUUAUAGAAAGCUUUUACUGUUAACUAUUCUGUAUAAACUCAGGAGACUGUGUGGAAAGAAACCGUUGUUCAGGCUCUCUUACUGCAGUAUCAUAAGGCACUGCACCACUUUUAAAUGCAUUUAUAAUUACAGAACUAAUACACCAAAUUAAUAAAUAAAUGCCUGAGUCUGAUGAUUCAUACAAAUACUAUUUUAAAUGGUCUCUUCUAAGUGGAUUGGAUUGCACUUUGUCAGAUUGAUCUGUAAUUUGUCUGGGGGUCACAAGCAAAAUGUGUUUCACACAACAAAAGACAAAACAAUGCAAUAUUACAAACAUCUGCAUUGCAUUCAGCGAUGCUGCAGGACAAUUUUGCAACAGCAAACAUGAUUCCUGGAAACAGCACACAUUAUGCUCGAGUACCUAAGAAAGGUGGAGGGUGUAGGCCAUUUUGUGAAGGUCAGUGUGUGAAAAAUGGUUAUGAAGAUAGAGGUGCAUGAAGAAAGAGAAUGAUGCACAUCCAAACCCUUCUCUCUGUGAGUGGGAGAGAUAGAGAGAGGGACCAUCAUCCCCCACAGCUCAGACUCACUGACUAGGAUGAACCCGCUAAUGACUACAUUUAUUCAAAUUAGACUAAUUGUAAUCAUGGUUAAUAAUUAGCUUUACAGUGCAUUAUAAUUGGGUUAGGCUACAAGAUGGUUCUGCCUAGGUGCAAUAAUUUAUUUGAUUUAAUUAUUCUGAGGAACCCAAUGGUUUGACAUUUCAUAUCAUAAAACCAGCGGUGUAGAGAGAAUGGAGAUGGCCGUUAGCUUUGGAGAAGGUCAUUGCUCGCUCUCUGAGAAAAUUAUGAGGACUAUUUUCCACUCUAUUAAGCUACUCCACUUAGCACAAUUAGCCACACACAGAAAAGGUUAAAGAGAGAGACCUCUUCCUUUAUGAUAGAGAGGAGUGGUGCAUGUGCAUUAGAGAGCAAGAAAUCUACUAUUAUUUAAAACGCUAAGUUAUUUAUCGGAAUAUCAGUGCAUUGAUAUGUCAGUAUUGUACUUUCCACUGAAAGAUUAAGAUCAAGGUUUGAAAAAGGGUUAUGUUUUAUACUGACUCACUUAAAUGGGUCAGAUUUACCCAGGAGAAUGAUGCUGAGGCCCUACAGUGAUUAAAAAGAUUGAACAGUCUGAUGUGGCUAAAAAGGCAUUUGCCCU